GGCUCAUGCUGUCCACUGUGGAGGAAAAAGCAUGACUAUAAACACAUCAUUAAGCCCGAGAGUAAAGAUAGCUAUUCCAUUCUCAAAGCAUCAAAAUCAUCAAUCAUUCUUCUUCACCAACAAGCCUCCAUAGAUUCAUCAAACCAAAAAAAAAAAAAAAAAAACUCAGAAAAAUGUUGUACAGAGCCAGCAGCAUAGGCAGCAGAUUACCUGCAGAUAAUAGAAUGAGUUGCGGUGCAAGCGCUCCCGUGGAAGUUGGCACGCGGGGGACGAUCGGAUCACUGUUAAAGAAGGAAAUCGAGUAUUUCAGAAAGGUGGAAAUGGAGUUUUCUUGCGGUGGAUCGCCAUUGAAGUCUCAGAAUUCUUCAUGGCCUGGUUUUGGGUUGUUGAUGAUGUUGAAAUGGAAGAAGAAGAAGAGAAGGGUGAGUGGAGGAGGAGGAGGAUUGCAGAGUGUUUGCUCUCUGGUGGAUGUUUCUGAUGCCCAUAGGAUGAACGAAAUCCGAGGAUUCAGCUAUGUAAAUCUUAAAGUUGAUUCAAAGAGAUUCCAGGAACAAACAGUUGUUUCAUAGUUUUCAUGUCAGGUUCUUAAUAAGUUCUCAGCACUUUUGUUUUUGUUUUUUGUUUUUUUUUUCCCACAUAUUUCAUGUGUUUGAUUCAUUUCCCAUCAUUUGAUGGUUUUUUAUAAACCGGAAAUUAAACAUUAUCGAUCACACACAAUAUCCUGAAGUUCACCUGGAAUUUCUGGAAUUACAGAUGUAUAUAUAUAUAUAGCUUCCUGGGACUUGUUUAAGG